AUGGAGAUCAAAUCAGACCCCCGUGAAGACGUGCCGAUAACGUAUUACACAAGCGUUGAGCUUCUUUUUGAUGAGAGGAAACAGAAUAGCCACUUCCUGUCGCAGCGGCACUCCACGCCGCAGCGCCGGGACUCGCACUCGGGACACGGGAAGAAGCAGCCCAUGCAGUCCCCGUCCAGGCAGUCGCACAGGUCCUUCCCGCUGGACAGAAGCAGGCCCCUGCUGUCGUACACGCGGCUCUUAGCGCCCACGCUCUGCCUGGGGGGGGGGGGGGGAGACUCAGAGAUGAUCUGGUUUUUGGUCAAACGGGGUUUAGGGUCAGCAGACGUCCCUCUGGACGCGUCCACAGUCGGUGCUCAGCGUGUUGCAGGAGGCGCAGGUGCAACUCCGGGCCACCGGGUAGCUCACGGCCACGUCACAGUCCUCAAAGUGCUUCACCUCGUAGAACCAGUCCCCCGUGCAGAUCUUCUGCUCCGGGGGGUUCUCAGGGCUCACCAGGACCGAAUCCUGCAGGCGGAGGAGAGAAAGGGCCGUGAUUACACUUUUAAAAAAGAUUCGGUCCUGGUGAGCCCUGAGAACCCCCCGGAGCAGAAGAUCUGCACGGGGGACUGGUUCUACGAGGUGAAGCACUUUGAGGACUGCGACGUGGCCGUGAGCUACCCGGUGGCCCGGAGUUGCACCUGCGCCUCCUGCAACACGCUGAGCACCGACUGUGGACGGGUCCAGAGGGACGUGUGGCCGCUAGAGGGCGGACACGUCACAGCGAAACAGGGAACAGAUGAAACGUCACUUCCGCCCACGAAGAAGACGACAGGGGGACGAGGCGGCCGUGGAGGGAAACAGAUGUCCGACAGGUGA